CCCAAUUCUUAAGAUAAUAAUUUUAAAGUUGAAUAUAUUUGAUACUGACGUUUCAUUUCAUUUAUUUUGUAUCGUCAGUCAUAAAUAACGUACUCAUGAUACAGGUUAACCUAAAAAUUCAUUCAUAACAUCAAAACAGUAUGACCGAUGAGAUGAAGAAACAUGUCGAUAAGACAAAACUUAAACGUGAUCAAGAAUAUUACAAUGCUUGCUGGAAGGAACAUAAUUUAAGUCUAAAGUGUCUAGAUAAGAACAAGUACGACUACGACAAAUGCAUGUUGUAUUUCAAUAAUUACAAAAGUUGCAAAAAGUUUUGGGCAAAUGUAUAUUCUGAACGAAGAACAAAGGGUAUUACACCAUUUAUGCCUUCACCUGAAGAGAGGGAAAAAAUAAAAGCAGAAUAUCUUGCAUCUCGUAAAAGAUAAUUAUAUGUAUAUAUAUAAUGAAUUAAGAAAUUGAAGUAUAUAUAUAUAUUGUAUAAAUUGUAAGCAUAGAAACUAGAGUGCACUGAAAAUAAAGCAUAUAUCAUUUUUAAAGUAAACACAUUUUACAUAAAAUCAUUUUAAUAUCUUUGGUAGGAACAAAGUUUGGAGAAUUCUGUUUGAUUACAUUUUACACGAGAAAUUCAUGAUGAAAGCUAUAAAUAAUACACGAUAAACGAUAAACUGGUAUGCAGUUACAUCGAAACAAAAAACAUUAAAUACUUAGAAAUUAAAGUUACAUGGAGGUAUUAUAAAUAGAAUCGAUUACAUAUUUCGGUUAUUAAAAAAUGUAGCAUCUUAAGAUUAUCUAUAAUGUAGCUAUACCCUUGCUGAGACUACAUAUGUAUAUACAUUAAGUUUUACAAAAAUGUAAUUAGUUCUACAAAUAUUUAAUUCUACUUAAUAUUUAAAAUGAACAGUUUUUGUUACAAGUAUAGUAUGUUACAUUUUUUGUGACUAAGGUUACAUAUGUUCUGAUUAUAUAAAAUAGACUAGUAAUGCAUUAAAUACACAUGUACGGAAAUGCACAUGUAAUUGGUAUCUUCACCUGGAAUUUAUCAAUGUAGAAAUUUUAACACACAGAAUCAACACAAAUCCACGAACAUUUGAAUCAGUCAAUUAUUCCACAUUAAAUAUAUUACUAUAAUAUUGAAACUUAAAACUAAAUGCUGAACUUUGAAAGAAUAUUUUUAUUUUUACAAUGUGGGAAAUUUUGAAUUUACUUAAUGUACGAAAUAUAUUGACAAAUAUGGGCUGAAACAUAAUUUAAUUAAUAGUUACAAUUUACAUACUCUACAUUAUUCACCAGUGCUACGUUGGAUAGACUUUUUACAUAGAAAUUUUUAAAUAUGAUUUAUAGUUUUAAAUAUUUUAGACAAAUUUGGAUAAAUUUCGUAUUAAAUCGUGCCUAAGGUAUUGUACAUUAUUUGCCCCACCUUGAAAAUAAUAAAUAUAAUGAAAUGAAGUAAUAAUAACAAAUUUAAAUUACUUUCAAAAAAAGAAAAAGUAUGAAAUAUUCAUCGAUGUCUUUUGUUAAAUAAUUUUUGCGCCACUCGUCUGGUGACAAAAAUACAAAGUCCACUGUUCUUUCUGGAUUUAGGAAUUGACUUUUUAGUAUUAUUCUUUUUCAUUGUUCGUUAUGACAAUGAAAGGUUUUGUAUAUUAAUUGCAAAAAUUUUCAGUUUAACGAUAUCAAUUAAUGUAUGAAUACAGUAACACACACAUGCAUUCUCACACAAAAUUACAAAUUCCUAUUACAAAUGUUCACUGACGUUACGUUUUGUCUCCUUUAACCUUUCACUUAUUGCUUUAGCUUACUCAGAAUUUUUAUGCAAUGUAAAAUUAUUUUUCCUUUGAAAGAUGCUUCACAAAGAAAAAUCUAUAAAGGAAACAAAUUAUUUGUCACAUAAUAAAACUGAGCAAACGCAACUUUUUACUGCACAGACAAUACAUAUUAAAAACGAAAUCCACGAAUAAUAAGAUGUUAUGCGUCUUAAAAAAAAA